CUUCCUGACGCGUGUCCCGCCCUCCUAAGCUGGGCACCCUUUCUGUACAGCUGGGAGCGCACGUCGCGAGUCUAGCCAUGUCGGCCGAGAGGGAGGCAGCCGAGGCGGCCACUGCGGCGGCGGCGGCCGAGGCCGGGACCGGGGCCGGGACCGGGGCCGGGACCGGGGCCGGGGACGAUGCGUCUCCGCAGCCCCCGACAGCCGAGGCGGCGAGCGACCCGCAGCCGCCCCCGGCCCCCGAAGCGUCGGCCUCCGCCUCGGCCCCGCCGCUUCGCUGCUUGGUACUCACCGGUUUCGGUGGCUACGACAAGGUGAAGCUGCAGAGCCGGCCGGCCGCGCCCCCGGCCCCGGGUCCCGGGCAGCUGACGCUGCGCGUGCGAGCCUGUGGGCUCAACUUCGCCGACCUCAUGGCCCGCCAGGGGCUGUACGACCGGCUGCCGCCGCUGCCGGUAACCCCCGGCAUGGAGGGCGCGGGCGUAGUGGUGGCCGUGGGCGAGGGUGUCGGCGACCGUAAGGCAGGAGACCGGGUGAUGGUGUUGAACCGGUCAGGGAUGUGGCAGGAGGAGGUAACUGUGCCUUCAGCCCAGACUUUCCUGAUGCCUGAGGCCAUGACCUUUGAGGAAGCUGCUGCUUUGCUGGUCAAUUAUAUCACCGCCUACAUGGUUCUCUUUGACUUCGGCAACCUAAGGCCUGGCCACAGCGUGUUGGUACACAUGGCUGCAGGUGGCGUGGGCAUGGCAGCCCUGCAGUUGUGCCGCACCGUGGAGAAUGUGACAGUGUUUGGGACAGCCUCAGCCAGCAAGCAUGAGGUGCUGAAGGAGAAUGGGGUCACACAUGCCAUCGAUUACCACACCACUGACUAUGUGGAUGAGAUCAAGAAGAUCUCCCCCAAAGGAGUGGACAUCGUCAUGGACCCCCUGGGUGGGUCAGACACUGCCAAGGGCUACCACCUCCUUAAACCCAUGGGCAAAGUUGUCACUUAUGGAAUGGCUAACCUGCUGACGGGCCCCAAGAGGAACCUGAUGGCCAUGGCCCGCACUUGGUGGAAUCAGUUCAGCGUGACAGCUCUGCAGCUGCUGCAGGCCAACAGAGCUGUGUGUGGCUUCCACCUGGGCUACCUGGAAAGUGAGGUGGACCUGGUCGGUCAGGUGGUUUCCCGCCUCCUGGCUCUGUACAACCAGGGCCACAUCAAACCUCGGAUUGACUCGGUCUGGCCCUUCGAGAAGGUGGCUGAUGCCAUGAAGCAGAUGCAGGAAAAGAAAAACGUGGGCAAGGUCCUCCUGGUCCCUGGACCCGAGAAGGAGGCCUAGGGCGAAGGGCCCGGGGCCCGAGAGCCGGGAAGGAGAAGAUGGGAAGCCCUGUGGUGUUGCCCACCAGCCUCUUACAUUUCAUCCUCGUCACGACGCUCUGCCCUCCUUCCCUCCCUCCCUCCCUCCCUCCCUCCAAAGGUGUCUGCUGAUGACCGAGUCCUUCCUCUGAGCUCGCCCUUUGCUCAGUCCCCCACCCCUUCCUGCCCUCAGAAGAGGUUGGGAAGUGACCACUUGGAUGUCUGGGCCCUGCCAAGGGGACAGGGAGGGUCAGCAGAAGGCUGCUUCCGGCCCCCCACCCUCUCUCUCCCUGGGUCUACCAUGCUGCUUGUGUGCCAAGGUUAGCCCGUCCCUCUCUGUCCUGUCCACUUCCACCUCUGCCUCCCCUUCCUCCUGCCCCACCACCUCCCCAAAGAUUCUAAGUGUCAGCUCAGGAUGUGGGGCUAAUGUGUGUGAGUCCAGCAUGGACCUGCGUCUCGUAGUAUCCAGGCAACCCAGGCCAACGCGUGCCCACCCCUGGGCUUGAUCAGGGCCCACCUUGUCUCCUAAGCACAAUCGGGCUUCUUCCACCUGCCGUUGGCUGCCUUUAGCCAAGGCUCCCUCCUCCAGCAAGGGCAGGAAUUAGACCGGCGCCCUAGCUCAUGGUUCUGGGACAGGUGCUGGGUGCCCUUCCCCUCCACUGAGGUCUCUGGAUUUGUCUCAGUGCCUUAGCAUCGGAAAACCUGUGCUUACGGGGGAGGGGGUCCUGUCUCCAGCUCCUUUUCCUCUCUUCUCCCCAGUGCCUUCCCUGUCCUGGUGGAGCUGAGGCCUUUCUCCUCCCCAGUCCUACAACACUGCCAAAAAUCUGUGUGACAUUCAGGGGCGGGAGGGGCAGCCCCAGCCUCUGGGGACCAGUUGAUUUUACUGUGGUCUGUGCCCUGUCCUGUCUCUGUUGGUGGUGAGGAAGGAGGCAGGAAGCUAGACCAGCCAGAGUUCUGGGAGAUACUGCUGGGUCUUAUUCUAGGACCAAAGUGAGAAUCCUGAGCACAGAGCACAUUCCCUUUGCUGUCUGUCAAGGGAAGUUGCUGCCUUCCCAGAGCCUAGAGGCUGCCUGGAGGCUCCGCCCCAAACUUUGUUUACACUGGUGGGGGAGGAGAAACUUGGGCAGGGGAGCUAAAGGGGUAGUUACAAGGACCUGGGCUACUGGAGCCAAAGUGGGGACCUUUGAGGCUGGGUAGGGGUAACCCCCUCUGCUUCUAAGUUUGGAUUAGGGAGAGCUGUUACUCCAGCCAGUGUCAGUGAGAGGUAGGGGAGGGGCCCGGCCACCCUGUUGUCUAAAUGAGGCCUCCACAUAGGAAGUGCGAUUUCUGCUUUUGUGUCCCCCACCCCAUUACCACAGCUGCCUUUGUGUUUGUGUCAAUAAAAAGCCAAACCCUGA